AUGGCGGAAGCGAGUUUUAGAUGCAUCGAAUGUAACGAAAAAGCAACGGAAUUACACCGAGAUUACAGAAACGGGAUCCUAAAGAUCACAUUAUGUGGAUCCUGCCAGAAGCCAGUGGACAAGUACAUCGAGUACGACCCCGUCAUCAUCUUGAUCGACGCCAUUUUGUGCAAGACGCAGGCUUUCCGGCACAUUUUGUUCAACACCAGCUUGGACAUCCACUGGAAGCUUUGCAUGUUCUGCCUGCUGUGCGAGGCCUACCUGAGGUGGUCGCUUCAGCGCGGCUCGGAGCCCACUGGUGACCCCGCCGACAUCAUCAGGUGCACUAAGGAGUGGGAGUUCUAUGGUUUGGUGACGUCAGCCGCGCUGGAGUUGACGGCGUUCUGCUGCGGCGUGCUGGUUUGCCUACGGGCGUCAAUGGUGGCGUCCCGUCUCCGCGGUUAUGAACAAGGGGGCGUGGCUCUCCACAGUCUCCUGCGGGCUCUGCUGCUGUCCCGCUACGGCAAAGUCCUGCUGGUGCCCGCCGUCAUCUGGAAGCACGACUACUUGCCGCUCUGCCUGGCGUUCAUUAAACUCUUCGUGCUGACGUCCAAUACGCAGGCCGUUCGAGUGAUCCUGAACUGCAGAAGGAGUUUGGCGUUUUGGGCCGUGUGCAUGGGCUUGCUGUCAGAGACUGUCGUGGCGCGGACGUGGUGGACCAUUGUAGGUGUGGUCUAA